GUGCAAAGAGCUUUUUAUGCAAGUGCCACAGGAGGAAUUUGUGUGUGGGAACUGAAAUAUGACGGUGUUACUGUACGUGUGUUUCAUCCUAUUUGUUACUGAUAAGGCACCUGGACAGACCAUAGACCCUUGUAGUAGUGUUAUUGACUUUAACCAAUGUCUGGAUAGUCAGACGAUCUGUGAUAACACAAUUAGCAGAUGUACCUGUUUCGAGGGACAACCAUUCUGUCGGUGCAACAGUCAAAAAGGUGAGUUUUACAUUAAUGAAGACUGCUCUCAGAGAUGGACCGUAGUGACCUUCGCCCUGGUGGCAUCUCUGCCUGGUCUCACGCUCGCUGUGUUGGUCGGGGUGGUUGUUUAUGUGAUUGUGUCAUCAAACAAGAGCCACAAAAGUGAGACAAUGAUGACACCCAAGACAGCCUCUAAAGAGCAGGACAUGUUCCCUGGAGUUGCUUUCGCUUCUGAUAUGAAUAGUCGACCUGCCCCUAACAUGAGACCUGUACAAGAUCACAUUCCCAUGACAGCCGUGCCCAACCACUACACAUCUGGUGGGAUGCGUGAUCCUCAAACAGGAGGUCCUGCUCGGACCUAUAGUCUAUCCAGUGGUGUGCACCCAUCUGUUGAAAGCAUGCCUGAUGGACGACCUCGUGAGCCAAACAGCAUGUACACCGGGAUGCGUGAUCCUCCCAUGGGAGGUCCUGUACAGCCCUACAGCAGUGGCGCAGUUCGGGGUCAGGUUGUUAGCAACCCUUACGCUAGAGAUUCACCCAACCGAAACCCCUAUGAAAACCACAGCAGUGAUUACACACCACGUGCCCCUUCACAGACAUACGACGACCCGAAACACAACAAUCCCUAUUCUCCUACUCCACUCUAUGGUUCCUCUGAGCAUGGAAACCUCCGCAGUGGAUUUCCACGACCCCAAUUAAAUCCACGUUAUUAGAUUUGUCAGCUAAACCAGAAAAUAUAUAUUUAAGAGUUUGAAAAAAAAAAUGCAAUAAAUACUAUGAUGUUGAGUAGGAAUGACAUUACUUUGCAGAAAGCAAUUUUUAUUACUUCCCGCUUUAUAACCGAGCUCUAUGAUAAACUGUAAAUAUGUUUACACUGUUUGAUUUGUACUGAUAUAAUAAAAUGUUAAAAAGGAACAAUACACAUUUUAUACAUUCAGUACAAAUGCAAUUCUGUACCGUUUGCGACCUCAUUUGAAAUUCUGAAAUUUAGAAACACCAGAUCUUUUGUCAUUAUUAAUAAUCGGCUUUAGCUUUUAUAAAGUCCAUUGCUGUAAUUAAAGCAAGGACACACCAAAUAAUCAUGAAUUCAUGUUAAUUUUUCAAUCCAAUGUUACUCACUGUUAUGCUGAUAAAUUCUGAAUGUUUUGUAUUAAAUCACAAAGCAUGCAUUA